AUGUAUAACAACGUGGGACCUCAGCCUGGGGUGCCAAGACCUCCAAUCAACCCCCAGCCCACUCCAUUUGGGAGUACCUUCUAUGGAGCUGGUUCGGGACUCAUUAAAGGUGGACUAGGUGCAUAUGGAGAGAAAAUUCUGGGAUCGAGUUCUGAGUAUGUGCAAAGCAAUAUAAGUAGAUACUUCUCUGAUCCACAAUACUAUUUCCAAGUGAACGACCACUAUGUGAGGAACAAAUUGAAGGUUGUUCUGUUACCAUUCCUGCAUAGGGGACAUUGGACGAGGAUAACUGAGCCAGUAGGGGGCAGGCUUUCCUAUAAACCCCCAAUCUAUGAUAUAAAUGCACCGGACUUGUACAUUCCUUUCAUGGCAUUUGGUACCUAUGUUGUUCUUGCUGGCUUGUCAUUGGGACUUAACGGAAAGUUUAGCCCAGAAGCCCUCAAUUGGCUGUUUGCCAAGGGAUUGCUUGGCUGGUUUAUGCAGUUUGCAUUGCUCAAAAUGAUACUCCUUUCUUUGGGUAGUGGGGAGGCACCCGUGUUAGACAUUGUUGCAUAUGCUGGGUAUACUUUCACAGGCAUGUGUUUUGCUGUCCUUGGAAAGAUCGUAUCUGGAUACACUUACUACAUUUUGAUGCCAUGUGCGUGCUUAUGCAUCGGAAUUUUCUUGGUGAAGACAAUGAAAAGAGUACUCUUUGCAGAGGUGAGGAGCUUUGAUUCUAGCCGGCACCAUUAUCUCUUGCUCCUCAUCGCUUUGGUUCAGUUCCCGCUUUUUGCAUGGCUUAGCAAUGUUAGUGUUAAUUGGUUUCUCUAA